CCACGGGGACAGGACCGCGGCUCCCUCAGUUUCCUUCUUUGCUCUUGAGCGCUCGGCGAUGCGGAGCUGAGCAGGUUCUGAGCAUCGUGAAGGACACACGGACCUACGCACUGGCCCGCUACGGAAGGGAAAACCAAGAGGUCCUGCUAAUGUUUCAUUAGCUGAGUUUCUGGCUGUAACCCCACCAGGUGGUUCUCACUUCAACACCAUGCUGCACCUCGUCCUGCUCCUCCAUCUCCUGGUCCUCUCACUUUCUCCUGCAGAUGCAUCAGUCCAUGUGGGUGUGCCUGCUUUUUAUGGAGCGGAUGAAGCCACAGGUUUCGGACCAGUGUUUGAGGAGCAGCCGGCGGACACCAUCUACCCUGAGGAGUCACCCGAGGCCAAAAUUACCAUGAACUGCCGAGCUCGAGCCAACCCACCUGCCACAUACAAAUGGAUGCAGAACAACACAGAAAUCGACUUGAAUGAACAGGACAGCCACUACAGAUUAAUAGGAGGCAACCUGGUCAUCAGCAACCCCAUCAGAACAAAACAUGUGGGAAAAUACACCUGCUUGGCCACCAACAUGUUUGGCACAGUCAUCAGUCAAGAGGCCUCUGUCCAGUUCGGAUACCUUGAUCUUUUUUCAUCCGAGGAGAGAAUGACAGUGAAAGUCAAAGAGGGUCAGGGAGCAGUGCUGCUCUGUGCUCCCCCGCCACAUUAUCCAGCCGAGCUGUCAUUUCGAUGGAUCCUCAAUGAAUUCCCCACCUUCAUCCCGCUGGACAAGCGGCGAUUUGUUUCCCAGAUAACGGGCAACUUAUAUAUCUCCAAGGUGGACUUGUCAGACAGAGGCAACUACUCCUGCAUUGCAUCAAGCCCGUCCAUUUCUAAGAGUGUGUUUUCUAAUUACAUAACCCUCGAGCCUCAGACUGGAAUUUCCAACAAGAAAUACCCCGCUGACCUCAGAGUUAAGUUCCCGGACACCACCGCUCUAGUGGGACAAAAUGUUACCCUGGAAUGCUUUGCUUUGGGGAAUCCAGUACCUGGCAUUACCUGGAAAAGAGUCGGUGGAGAGAUGCCACGCAGCCACGAAGUGCGGAUGGCUGGUGCUCAGCUGCAUCUGUACAAUGUUCAGAUUGAAGACAGCGGUACUUAUGCGUGUAAGGCAAAUAGUUCAAAAGGAGAGGACGUCCACACUGCUCAUGUGUCUGUGGAGGCUCAUCCUGAGUGGCUGGAACACAUCAGCAGCACAGAGAAAGACCUCCAUAGUGACUACACUAUGUCCUGCAUAGCCAGUGGUAUACCUAAACCACUAAUCCGCUGGCUGAAGAAUGGAAAACCGAUUGACAGAAAAGAGAUGCGGUUCAGAAGGUUGACAUUUGACGAUUCAGGGAUGUACCAGUGCAUAGCAGAGAAUCGCCAUGGAGUUAUUUAUGCCAACGCAGAGCUGCGUGUGUUUGCCUGUGCUCCCACAUUUGAACACAAUCCAGUAAAGACAGUUCAGGCAGCCAAAAAUGGUCGUGUGGUGAUUGAAUGUCGACCCAAAGCGGCCCCAAAACCGAGCUUUUUUUGGAGCAAAGACACUGAGCUGCUCUCCAACUCCAGCAGGGUGUUCAUCUGGGAGGAUGGGAGUUUGGAGAUCCUGAAUGUGACGCAAGCAGAUGAAGGCCGGUACACCUGCUUUGCAGAGAAUAACCGGGGCAAGGCCAACAGCACAGGCUCUCUGCUGGUCACAGAGUCCACAAAGAUCACCUUGGCUCCAUCCUCUGCUGAUGUCAAAGCCGGGGAGAAUGCAAGGAUGCAGUGUGCAGCAUCACAUGACCCUUCACUGGACAUCACCUUCAUCUGGUCCCUUGAUGGACGAGUCAUUGACUUACACAAGGACAGCCAACAUUAUGAACGCACCCUAAACGGAAGUUCAAAUGGUGAGCUGCUGAUUAAGAACACUCAGCUGAAACAUGCUGGAAGCUACACCUGCACUGCACAGACAACGGUGGACAAUGUAACGGCCUCUGCUCGUCUGGUUGUCAGAGGUCCCCCAGGAGCCCCAGGUGGGGUGCGAAUAGUAAACCAAACUGACAAGACUGUGAUAUUGCAGUGGAGCCGUGGAGCAGACAACCGCAGCCCAAUCUCCAAAUAUACAAUUCAGUACAGAGAUGAGUUCUCGACAGAUGUCUGGAAGAAUGCCACUACAUCUCCGGCUGAUGUUGAGGGGAAUGCAGAGACAGCUACGGUGGUAAAUCUUUUUCCCUGGACAGAAUAUGAGUUCAGGGUCAUUGCCACCAACACUCUUGGGACAGGAGAUCCAAGCAAACCAUCACCUAAAGAAAGAACCUUGGAAUCAGUUCCUGUGGUGGCGCCCUCAGAUGUCGGCGGGGGUGGAGGGGCCAGCAGAGAACUGACCAUCACAUGGACGCCAGUACAUCCACAGUACCACUUUGGGCCCUUAUUUGGCUACAUUGUGGCCUUCAAACCUCGUGGAGAAAAUGAGUGGAAAAGGGUGGAAAUACCUGAUGCCCUUGCCAGACGCUAUGUCCACAAAGACUCCAACAUUCCUCCUUUGACAGAGUUUGAAGUCAAAGUUAAAGCGUUCAACAACCAAGGAGAGGGACCCUACAGCUUAACAGCCAUCAUUCAUUCUGCACAGGAUGCUCCUUCUGAAGCUCCUGUAAUUCUUGAAGGCAGAGCGUUGUCAGCCACGAUGGCCACUGUCUCUUGGAAUUCACUCUCCCAGAAAAAUAUAGAUGGGUACCAGGUGAAAUACUGGAGAAACCAUGAAGACGGUGAAGGGAGAGCCAGAAGAGUUGCAGUGUCCAGCAGGGAGAACCACACUAAACUUGAUGGCCUGGAACCCUUUUCCAACUACCUUAUUGAGAUUCGAGGCUGCAACUCUGCGGGAUGCGGCCCACCCAGCAAGCACUUCAAGAUCCAAACCAAGAAACCUCCUCCAGAUCGACCCCCAAAAAUAAUACGUACAAAGUUAAGGGGCCAAUUUGUAAAUAUUGCCUGGGAACAUGUAAAACCAUUAGUCAAUGAAUCAUCAAUAAAUGGGUACCGAGUGCUGUACAAGCGGAAGGGCAACUCUACAGGCACUCUGUAUACGACUGAUAAGCAACAGAUAGAGCUUCCCCGGCAGUCAAAUGGAGAAUAUGUGGUGGAGGUCCGGGCGCACACAGAAGGAGGAGAUGGGACUGUGGCACAAAUCUACAUCCCACCUAUGACACACAGUGGAAGUGUCAUGGUCGCCUCGUCUUUCAGCGUACUCUCUUUGCUCCCAGUAGUACUCCUCUACGUGAACCUCUGAAUGUAGCGCCACCCUUGUCUUGACUUCCCAUGAAGGAGACUUCUGUGGUUGCUUAAGGUUCACGCCUGAAAGGAAUUGGGCCUCUUUCCACAAUAUUUUGGUUCCGCCCUGUAAUCUGGGAUGUCACUUUCUGGCUCUUCCCUCUGGAAUAUGUUCGUGGAAAUGGACACAGAAAUGGAAAAAUUGGAAAUGGACAAAGACAUUCCUUAUUUAUCCACAAGAAGCCUCUGAAGGAGUGUCUAGGGAGUUCUGUCAACUUAAAAUGCCUUAUAUAAAUGAUUGCUCUUAUCUUUCACAGUUUCUUGUUUUAAAGUGGAUCAUGACUGAGAGUGUAAAUGUUACAGUUUGCAUAGUUCACCUCUCCAGUCUUUGUACGUUUCAAAGCAGACCUUCCUGAUACAAAGAUGCUGUGUUUUCAACAAUAUAGGCUUCAUAUAAUCUGUGAUGUUUUGGAAAAUCAAUCUUUCAGUGCAUUCCAUAGUGUAAGGUAAACAAGUGGCUGUGAAGGGCAAGUGUAUGAGUUUAUAAAAAUAACUUCAUGUCUUUCUUUUUCUUGCAGUUUAGUGGAUUUUUUGUUAAUCAAGCAAAUCCUGUCUUACAGAGAUACAGUCAAAGCAAAUAUCAACCUCUUGGAUUCUUGAUUUUUUUUUAACAACCAUAGAGAUGAGAGCAAUUUAUGUCAUGCUGCAAUGUUCAAUAACUGAUAUUGUUUUAACAUUUAAUAUACUUAUAAUGAUAUCUAUAUAUAGAGAGAAAGAAAAGCACACCGGUUUAACCCACAAUCAGUGCUUAUUUCCAAACCAUAACAUAAGCUGUAUUAAUGCCACUUCCAAACUGCAUGUUGACGUUGUUACAUUAAAGUAAAGUGUUAAAUAUUUGGGUGUUUGGCACAUGCAUAUUUGGUUUAAACUUGAACCUGAAGCAAAGCAUUUGGAAUUUAACCGGAAACAUGUUAAACCUACAGCUGACAGGGGUUAUAUUGAUUGCUUACAGUCUUUGGUAUUAUUUGUGCAGUUAUCAAAGCUUUGCCACAAGAUUUAAUUUUGAAAACUGAAACACAAACCUAAACUAAGCCUGCUUUGUUUUGACUGUAUCAUAGGACCUCAGUGGUACCAGCCGGUGCUUUGUAAAGAAUGUUGGCAUUUCAUUUGAUGUAAACUGUUUCAUUUAUUUUUUGUUUUUUCUUGUGGAUGAUGUUGUGUGAGAGUCACUAUUAACAGUAACAGUAAACAGUAGCGACGCUCAUGCUCUUGAAUAAUUGUGCAAUGUCUGAUUAAUCUGUGGCUACUUCAUAUUUUCUAAUAAGACAGUUUGUUGAGCUCCUGUAACAGGAAUCUUGUAUAUUUCCUUUUUUGUGAUUUAAUAUAAGCAAAAAGUGAGCAAAGCCAUCCAUAUCAGCUGUAAGAGUUCAUCCAAAGCUCAUAAUGUUGUUUCAGAUUCAUUAUUUUUGUCUUUUUAUUAACAUAUGAUCAGAGUUAUAUGGACAUUUUCAAUUGUUGUCAUUUUUCAUUGCUUUUAUUAUAUUUGUAUGUCCUCUUGACCCAUUUCUAGCUGGACAGUUUUAAAGUUUAUUUCUCUCUAAUUGAGGAACAAAUGCUGCGAUUUGAGUUCCUCUGGGUCAUUUCAUGUAUGAGUGAUGCUAGUCAUGCUUCUGCAUUGUGACAGUAUCAGUCUCCACCACAAAGUGCUUUUCCCAGUUAAUCUUCAUGCCAGAAAUCAUUAAAAAAAAAGUUGCCAAAUGCAUGAAUGCCUUGAACUUAGACAUUUUGGAUGAAGCAAUGGCUCAACAUAACAUGCAUGAAAUUGGAGACAAAGUGGUGCAUUAUUUUGCAACAAAACCAACAUCAUAGCAACAUGUCAGAGUCUUAUGAAAUACAUUCCAUUCCUGAGUGGCAUCCCUUUAUGUCAGAGACAGAGUAGACCUUAGACUAAUGUGUGCAUUAGCUGUUAAGCUUUGUUAAACCAGUCAUCUCAUGGGAAGUCUGUUGGAGGGGAGAAAAUCUUCAGCUGGCUAAAGGAAUCUCACUCAGUCAAGUUAAAAAAAAAGAUGAUCAUGUUGUCUCGUGUGCACUUGAUGCUUGGCAUCUGAUGGCAUCAGUGGUGGUUGUGGCAGCAUGUCUGGCUGUCUGCUGGAAUUCAGAACUUCGCUGGAUAUGAGUGACAUAUAUGAGGGAUAAAACUGAAAUCUCUCAUUGGCUGAACAAGAAACAAUAAAAGGUGUAGUUAACUAUUA